GCCUGGAAAUACUUGUGUGAGAGCUGAAAUCGUCUGAGAGUAUACGGACGAGAACUCCCUUGCCUCCCUAACACCUCCUCUUCCUCCUCCUCCUCAGAUCCAGGUGAAGGACAACGGGGCGCCGCAGCUGACGGCCACCACGCGGGUCCUCGUGCGUGUGAUGGACGUGCCCGAGGAGUCUCCCAACCCGCCGGUCCUGCAGCCGCCGCCCCCCGCCCACGUGAUGGAGACGGACGCGCCGGGCCACCUGGUGUCCUUCAUCAACGCUCAGGACCCGGAUAACGACACCUUGUGGUACUACAUCACAGAGGGCGACGAGAGCGGCCGGUUCAGCAUGGGCGUGGACUCUGGCCUGGUGAGCCUGGCGCGCCGCCUGGACCACGAGGACCAGCACCACUACGCCCUCACCGUCACGGCCACAGACGGCGUCCACACCGCCGCCACCAAGCUCGUGGUGGAGGUGAUGGACGCCAAUGAUCACCGGCCGGUGUUCAGCGCCAGGACCUACGAGGGUGCCGUGAGCGAGGACGUGGCGCCGGGGUCCACCGUGGUCACCCUGCAGUGCCGAGACAGGGACCAGUCACCCACGGCGUCCUCCGCGGUGUGCUUCACGCUGCACCACGCCCAGGCCUUGGCGUCCCAGGGCCUCUUCACCGUGGACUCGUUCACUGGUGACCUCAUCGUGGCCGAGCCCCUGGACAGGGAGGUGUCCAGCGUCCACGAGCUGACCGUGAGCUGCAGGGACCGCGGCCGACAGGAGAACGCAGACUUUGCCCGCGUGUCCGUGACGGUGGAGGACGCCAACGACCACGAGCCCGUCUUCCUGGAGCCCAUGAUCACCGCCAAGGUGAGCGUGGGGGCCGCGGCGGGCACGGCGGUGGUGCGGGUGAUGGCGCUGGACCACGACAAGGGCGACAACGGCAGGAUAUCCUACUCCAUCUUCGAGGGUAAUGCUGGAGGAAUCUUCAACAUGGACACUGCCCUCGGCGUGAUCAGCCUCACCCGAACCCUGGCCGAGGCCCAGCCCCCGGAGUACCUGCUGCUGGUGAGGGCCACGGACCACGCCGCGCAGGCCCGCGCCGCCUCGGUGCCGGUCCGGGUCAUGGUGACCGCCUCUCAGAGCUCGCCGCCCUCCUGGCAGGGCAAUAAGCCGCACGUGGAGGAGGUCGGGGAGUGGGUGGCGGUGGGCACGGCCCUGGCGCGCGUCACGGCGUCCUCACCGUCGGCCCUCCACUACUCGCUGACGGGCGGGAAUGAACACAGCGCCUUCGUCAUCAGCCCCGCCUCGGGGGUAGUCAGCGUGGCCACGCCCCUGGACUACGAAACCACCUCCUGGUACAACCUGACCAUCACGGCCACCAACCUGGCCGGGGUGUCCCGCAGCACGUGGCUGGGCGUGACGGUCCUCGACGAGAACGACUGGUGGCCGGAGUGGGAGCGACUUUCCUACCACGGCAGCGUCCUGCAGACCGCCGGCCGCGGCGCCCCCGUGCUGGCCGCCCACGCCCACGCCCAGGCCAGCCCCAGCCAGCUCACGGUGACCGCCCGGGACCGUGACCAAGGCUACAACGGCAGAGUGACCUACACCAUCGUGGAGAAGGACAUCACAAAGUUGUUUUCAAUCAACCGACACACAGGAGCUGUGUGGGUGUCUGGCAGCCUGGACACAGUGGCCGGCACCACGGUGAGGCUGAGUGUGUGGGCCAAGGACGGGGGCAGCCCCCGGCGGGGGGGGGUGGCGCCCGCCCCAGUCUUCAUCACGGUGAGGGAGGUGAAGGCUGCCCCCGUGGCCUUCCCCAAGACCCACUACUCAGCCGUCCUCUACCUGCCAACCUACCCUGGUGUGAGGGUGUUCUGCCUGGACCGGGAGGAGCAGCCACGCCACCACGUGGAUGUGAAUGAUAUCACCGAUAUUUCAUAUUCCAUCGCUGCCGGUGACGACAGAGAAAACUUUGUGUUUGACAACGUGAGCAAGUGUGUCAAGGUCCUGGACCAGUACAGCCUCAAGCCUCAGUACAACCUCACCCUCCAGGCCAGCGACGGGGCCGCCUCGUCCACGGCAACAGCAGAGAUUAUAAUUGAAGAAGCGCCGCUGUCUACUCUGGUCUUCACUCAGGACCAGUACUGGGCCAACGUCAUUGAGAACUCCACUAAGGAGAUGAAUGUUGCUGCCCUGGGAGUGAAGGGUCAGCCGCUCAACCAUCACGUCCGCUACUCAAUUCUCAACCCAAACAUUAAAUUUGAAAUCCACCCGACCGCUGGCGUCAUCAAGACCACCGGCAAGUCCUUUGACCGGGAGGCAGAGGACCACUACACGCUGGUGGUGGAAGCGCAGGACAUUGAGGGCACAGCAAACGUGGCCCAUGUGCUGGUCCACGUGGCGGUGAUGGACGUGAAUGACAACGAGCCGGUGUUCCUCAACCAGCCCUUCCACGCCCUGGUGUCCACCGUGUCUCCGCGCAGCCACGUGGUCACUAAGGUGCAGGCAAUAGACGCUGACUCUGGGGAGUUCGGAAGUGUCCGCUACGAGCUGGUGCGAGGCAGCGGUGAGCUCUUCGCCGUGAAUAAGAAGACGGGUGAAAUUUCCCUGAAGCAGACCCUGAUGGCGGCCGACAAGACCUACAGCCUCACCGUUGCUGCCUACGACGGGGGAAAGCCUCCCCUCAGCUCACAGGCCCAUGUCCUCAUAAGGGUGGUGUCUUCUGAAGGGCCAAUGUUCACCGCCGCACGGUACGAGGCAGCCGUGCCAGAGAACGCCGCCAAGGGCACGCCCGUUGUAAGGGUGGAGGCCGCCAGCCCUUCCGGGGAGCCCAUCACGUACACCAUUGUGGCCGGCAACACUGAGGAGCUGUUCGGCCUCGACUAUUCCACAGGUGGCAAUGCAGCGGAUCUUGAAUGCGUCGUCCAGACCACUGCCCUGCUGGACUACGAGGCCUCCGCCAGCCACAACCUGACGGUGCGGGCGCGGGACCCCUUCACCGGGGGCCACACGGACACCCACGUCACAGUCGCAGUCACGGACGUCAAUGACAACCCGCCGGAGUUCAGCCGUUCCGUCUUCAAGGGAGACGUGUCGGAGGCUGCAUCACCGGGCCACGUGGUGCUGCAGGUCUCGGCAAGUGACGUGGACACGGGGCCGGGCGGUUCAGUGCGCUACUCGUGUGUCAUGGAGUGUGGCAGCUUUGAGGUGCGUGCCCUGGACGGUGCCGUCACACUCACCAAGGAGCUGGAUGCAGAGACUGAGGCUCAACACGUGCUGACUGUGCUGGCCACGGACUCAGGCAUACCCCAGCUCUCCUCCACCGCCACAGUGGUUAUUGACGUUGUAGACUUCAACGACAACCCUCCAGCGUGGCGCCAGGACAGCUACUCCUGCCGCGUGUCGGCCGAGGCCCAGCCCGGCCAUGUGGUCACUUCGGUGUCUGCCACUGACCCAGACGCUGGUCAGGUCACGCCGCUCAGUUAUGCCAUUCACUCGGGAGACCGAGACGCCAUCUUCAAAAUGGAUCAGCUGACUGGUGUGUUGACGGUGACGGCCCCACACAAGCUCAAGGACGUGGCCUCCCUCACCCUGAACCUGUCUGUGAGUGACGGGGUGCACGCGGCCUUCACCGGCCUGCACGUCUCGGGGCUGGCCUCCAACCACCACGCGCCGAGGUUUAAUCGCACUCUAUAUGAAGCUUACGUGGAGGAAAAUUCAUCUCCUGGCCAGCUAGUCAUCAACCUGGUGGCCACGGACCUUGAUGCCUGGGACCUGGGCAAGCUGCAGUACACCAUCCUGCACCAGACUUCAGAGGGAGCCUUCACCGUGGACAAAGAAGGCAACCUAUACACUGAGACACCUCUGGAUCGCGAGUCCCUGCCCAUGCACAGCCUCAAGGUGUCUGUGAUGGACGAGGGGGGCCGGGCCAGCUUCACGGCGGUGCGUGUGACGGUCCGUGACAAGAACGAUAACCCACCAGUCUUCAUGUUGCCGGAGUAUCAGGCGAACAUCAACACUGACGUGGCUCCCAGGACAACCAUUCUCAAGGUCGAGGCCAGUGACGCAGAUGAAGGGGCAAACAGUGAAGUGAGGUACCGCAUGUAUGAAGCCAACGGUUCUGAGGCGCUGGAGCUCUUCUCGGUCAACCCCACCACCGGCGAGGUCACCGUGGCGCAGACCAUCCACAGCCGAGAAAAUGAGGUGUACCAGUUUUUCAUCCGUGGCGAGGACAGCGGCUCCCCCCAGCACCACUCCGACGUGCCCGUCACCAUCUUCCUGCUGCCCCCUCAUGAGAACCCCCCGCACUGCGCCAGGAAGUAUGCACAGUUCUUCAUCAGGGAGGACGCCCCCAUCGGCAAUGUGAUCACGUCCCUGUGGAUGGCGGGGCCACAGUCAGUGCAGUACCUGAUCAUGGUGGACGAGGGCAUGAAGGCAGCCAGUGAGGAGAGGGAGUCUGGGGAGAGUUCAGGGCCCUUCACCGUGACCUCCACUGGCCUGGUGGUGGUGCACAGGGCCCUGGACCAUGAGCGGCGACGCACACAUCACAUCAGCGUCACCAACCGUACACUGACCACGCCGCCCACGGUGGACUACAUGACCAUCUCUGUGGUGGUGAUGGACGUGAAUGACUGCCCUCCACGCUUCUCUGAGUCCGGCUACACAGCCCUGGUGGCCGAGAACAGCGAGGUGGGCGCCACCAUCACCAUCCUCACGGCCACUGAUGACGAUGAAGGAAACCAUGGCCAGAUCCAGUACAGCCUCGGCCCCAAUGAAAGCGCUGUAGUGAAGUCAACGUUCCGCAUUGAUCCACACACCGGGACGCUGACCCUGGCGGCCCCGCUGGACCGCGAGACCAUGGCCCAGUACUCCUUCACCGUCACUGCCACUGACGGGGGCCCCAAGCCUCUGUCCACCAGCACAAGAGUCACUGUACUGGUCAAGGACUACAACGACAACCCUCCAGUGUUCACCAAAGACACUUACGUCACUGCUGUGCCUGAGGACACCGCCACGGGUACGGCGGUGGUGGAGCUCAGCGUGAUGGCCGCCGACGAGUCCGUGGCCGAACUUGACUUCUUCAUCACCGGCGGCGACCCUGACGGCCAAUUCUUGGUGCACGCCUCAGGGGAGGUGUACGUGGCCGGUGAGCUGGACCGGGAGAGGCAGGCCGAGUACACCCUCACCGUCACCGUCACCGACGGGAAGUUUACGGCCAACACGACUGUUACUGUGACAGUCAUCGACAUCAACGACAACGGUCCGGUGUGCAAGGAGCCAAUCUACCGCCGGGAGAUCUCCGAGGACGCCACCCCAGGCACCCACGUGGCCUCUGUUGUGUCCUGGGAUGCCGAUGAAGGCACUGCUGCCCGGAGCCGCUACAUUCUCACCGGGGACAGCGCCCACCACUUCAGUAUUGACCAGCUGAAUGGCCACGUGGCCACAGCCACCCAGCUGGACAGAGAGGCACAGGACCACUACCACCUCACUGUUGUGGUGGAGGACUGGGAGCACAAGGCCUGGCAGUGUGAGGUGGUGGUGGAGGUCCUGGUGACGGACACCAACGACAGCCCCCCGUCCUUCUCCCUGGCCACCCACGCCGCCACCCUGCCGGAGGACGCGCCCAUCAACACCGUCGUCCUCAAGAUGUCUGCCACGGACCCUGACCUCGGCACCAAUCGACGGCUGCUGUACAACUUUGUGGACUCAGCGGAGGGCCACUUCACCAUUGACGAGAUGGAGGGUGUGGUCAGCCUGGCCCGGCCCCUGGACCGUGAGACAAGGGACUCCUACAGCCUGACAGUGCGCGCCGUGGACCAGGGAAGCCCACCGCUGUCAUCCACCACGCAGCUCAUCGUCACAGUCUCUGAUGUGAAUGAUAAUGCUCCUGAGUUUGUGAGGAAACUCCACGAAACUUCCGUGGCAGAGAACACGGCCGUGGGGACAGAAGUCCUGCGGGUCAUGGCCACCUCAAGGGACAUCGGCAUCAAUGCAGAAAUCUCUUACUCCCUUCAGCACACCACGCUGGAGGAGUACCUGCACAUCCACCCAAAGACUGGUGUGAUAAGCAUUGGCGCCGAGGUGGACUUUGAGCGCAUACAGCAGGUGGUGGUGACAGUAGUGGCCACAGACGGGGGUGUGCCGCCUCUGUCCGCCACGGCCUUGGUCAACCUAACAAUCAUUGAUGUGAAUGACAACUGCCCGGUGUUCACGCUGCCCACCUACACCGCCACAGUCAGGGAAGACGCUCUGCAAGGCGCCAGCGUGGUGCAGGUCUCAGCCAGCGACGUGGACCAUGGCGUGAACAGCCUCGUCCGCUACAGCAUCAGGGCGGGAAACGAAGACCACUGCUUCACUAUUGAUGACGACACCGGCAUCAUCACUGUCAUCAAGAAACUGGAUAGGGAAAAGGUCGCAAAGUACCAGUUGACGCUGGGUGCCAGGGACUUGGGCACACCCAGCAACACUGCCAUGGCUCAGGUCGUGAUCCAGGUGGGCGACGUCAACGACAAUGCACCCAAGUUCACGCAAGACAACUAUACCGUGGUCGUGCAGGAGAACCGAGCUGUGGGCUACUCAGUGAUCCGCCUCAUGGCCACCGAUGCCGACGCUGACUCCAGCGGCGCUCCCUUCACCUGGGAGGUGAUCAACCAGCCUGUUGAGAGUCGUGCCUUCACCCUGGACCAGGAUGGCUCACUGAGGCUGGCCACCAAUAAAUUGAACCACAAGGUCCAGGAUCAGUACGUGGUGCAGGUGCGAGUGUGGGACAGCGGCUCGCCACCACUCCACGCUAACACCCAAGUUACCGUCAGUGUGGUGGAGGAGUCCCGCUUCCCGCCAACACUCUUCCCGCUUAAAACAGUGGUCAUCAGUUUCCGCAGUGCCUUUCCCGGAGGCAUCAUUGGGCGGGUCACUGCACUGGACCAGGACCCCUACGACACCCUGCAGUACUCUGUGGCGCCCUAUGCAGAGGAAGUCAGCUCCAUCAAGUACUUUGACAUUGACAGUGAGGACGGCACUCUGGUGGCACUAACGCCUCUUGAUGUCGGUAACUACAGCGUCAACGUCAGUGUGUCGGACGGCAGUUAUCACCGCACCGUGCAGGCUUCCAUCGAGGUCUCCGUGGUCACUGAGGAAAUGGUUGAAAAUGCCGUCAUCAUUCGCCUGGGUCCUCUGUCCUCCGAUGAAUUUCUCUCCAGGUAUCAGAAAUAUUUCCUCAAAGCUAUUGCCAUAGAGCUGUCAGUUCAGGAGCAUUCUGUAGUCCUGGUCAGCCUGCAGCCAGCCCUCGUACACUCACACUCUUUAGAUAAGAUAGAUUACAUUCCACAGCGAUCCAAAAGAGACAUACAGAGGAGUCUUGACGUUCUGAUAGUUGUGAGACUCUUUGAAAUCUACAUGACAAGAGAACAUCUGCUGCUGAAGCUAAAAGAAAAACAAGUUGACAUAAAAGAGAAGCUUGGCUUGCCCUUCGUGGACAUCAUGGAGUCCCUGUGUGUGUCUGGCUCAGAGUGCGGCGGCCACGGGGACUGUGUGGACGUGGUGGAAAUCAACAAUGAUGUGGCCAUGCCCUUCAACACACAGCUGUCUAGUCUGGUUGCUCCAAGAUUUACCCAGAAAGUUGGCUGUGUGUGUGACCAAGGGUAUGGAAGCCAGAACUGCACUAAUUUAGUCAAUGCCUGUGGGCACCGACCCUGUGCUGAGUAUGAGGAGUGUGCGCCCACCAACACCAGCAGCCGAGGCUACACGUGCCAGUGCCCUGCCGGCAGAGCAGGACCUUCAUGCCGAGUGGACCUGACAAAGUGCCGCAGCCCUGCGUGCCACUACCCACUGAGGCCUCUCUCCUUCAGGGGAAAGAGCUAUGCCCAGUACAGCAUAGCUCAGCAAGGUAAGAGCAGCUCACUGAUGCUGAGUGCCUUCAUGCGCACCAGACACCCGGUGGGAAUGCUGGUCUUUGCUGCCGGGGACGUGGACUACAGCGUGCUGGAGGUGGCCGGCGGACAUGUGCAGUACCGCUGGGACUGUGGCAGCGGGGAAGGACUGGUCAGGGUGUCCACGGUGAGGGUCGACAAUGAUGCGUGGCACUUCAUCAACCUGACCAGAGACGGCACCAUAUCAACACUGAGUGUGGACGGCGAGGUGAGUUCAGGAGCGGCGCCGGGUGCUAAUGACAUUCUGAACAUGGAUUCAAACUUCAUGUAUCUCGGUGCUACCCUCAGCAGUGAACCAGAGUCAGGCAUGUCUUCCUAUUCCCAAAGCAGCCUGGGAUUUGUGGGUUGCCUCGAUCAGAUCAUUAUUGACGGCACCGAGCUUCCCGUGUCAAUAACAGGGACGGCUUCCGGGGGCACGGUGCUCACGCGCCUGGCCGACGUGGAGCUUCAGUGUCCAGGCGUGCUGCCCUGGCCGGCGUGUGGCUCCUACCCUUGCCAGAACGCUGGGACAUGCAAAGAAAAUGAAGGUUCUUAUAAGUGCAAUUGCCCUCCACGCUUUACCGAAGCACAGUGCCAGGUGGACACGGCUCCCUGCUCCUCCUCACCCUGUCUUAAUGGAGGCGAAUGUAUUGUUGUUGGCCAUACCUAUAAGUGUCAAUGUCCUUCAAAACUGAGUGGAAAACGUUGUGAAUAUGGCAUUUUCUGCAACCCAAACCCUUGUCAGAAUGGCGGUCGCUGUGAGGAGGGUGCCGAUGGGCCUAUAUGCAAGUGCCAACACUUUACCGGUGCAAUGUGCCAGCUGGACAUUGAUGAGUGUACCCGCAACCCUUGCCAGAGCGGGGGAACCUGCCUCAACUUCUUUGGUGGGUUCAAGUGCAUAUGUUCCUCCAAUGUUACCGGUGAAUACUGCACAGAGGCCGUUAGGAAGCCUGAAGAGCCGUCCUCCUCCCUGAACAUCACCCUGGAGGAGCUGCUGUGCAUCUUGGCCGUGUUCCUGGGGUGCGUGAUGGCCGUGCUGCUGCUGGGGACCUGGCAGCGGUGGCGGUGGAGGCACAAGCGUCACCAGCAGAACAACCGCGUCAAGCUCACGGACCACCACGUGAAGAACGACCUCAAGGCGAAUGACGCACCCAAAAGAAACUCCAAAAUCUGCAACGUGGAGGCAGACCAGACUUUUGAGUUGUUUUCUUUUUGUUACCUUGGUGCCACACAGCAGGGGCCGCCGCUGCCCCCCCACCCGGCCUCCUACACCCCCAGCGGCAAUGACUCCGCCAUUCUCAACACCCUUAAGCACCUGGCGGACCUGUCUGCCGUGGGACACGAGAAUCUUGAGCUGGAGACACUUUCACGAUGCUCCCACGAGUUCCUCCACAGCCUUAAAAAGCCCGUGGUCAUGCCGCCCAACCUCUCCCCUCCGCCGCCCUCCAACAGUGACUCCGACUCUCUCCACAAGCCCUGGGACCACCACAACAACCUCAACGACUCCUACUUCAUGCCCAUCAAGGAUGUGGGCUGUGACCUGGUGACCAACCUCGGCGAGACCCACACCUCCUCGGCCCGGCAGUCUCCAUUUUCAGACGAUUCUUCAGGUAUGGCAUUCUUAACCCGGUAGCAGCGGGAAUCAUGUUUCUUAAUGGGCCCACCAAGCGAGAAAAAUGAGAAAAAAUCACCCCUCACACAAA